AGUGAGUCGCCCUGGCACCCUUUCUCCCGCUAUCGCGGAACCUUUCUGGCGCGGAGCGGUGCGGCGCGCGAGUUACGCGUCACUUCCGGCGGGGCGGAGGAGGCGGGAGAGUGAGGGAAAGGCUGGAAGACGAGCCUGCAGGAUGUUUCCUCAGUGAGAGGAAGGCUGUUGCACCAUGGCGGUUUUUGAUACUCCGGAGGAGGCCUUCGGCGUCUUGCGUCCUGUCUGUGUUCAGCUCACAAAGGCGCAGACCGUGGAGAAUGUGGCGCACCUGCAGGCACAGUUGCAAGCCGUGAGUGACUCUGCCCUUCAGGAACUUCAGCAGUACAUCCUCUUCCCUUUGCGAUUUACCCUGAAGACCCCAGGUCCCAAAAGAGAACGCUUGAUCCAGAGCGUGGUGGAGUGCAUCACCUUUGUCCUCUCUUCGACGUGUGUGAAGGAGCAAGAACUUCUCCAGGAACUCUUUUCGGAGCUGUCUGCUUGCCUGUAUUCGCCCAGCUCCCAAAAACCCGCUGCUGUGUCAGAGGAGUUGAAACUGGCGGUGAUCCAGGGCCUUAGCACAUUAAUGCACGCGGCCUACGGGGACAUCAUUCUGUCUUUUUAUGAACCCUCCGUUCUGCCUCGUUUAGGAUUUGCUGUAUCUUUACUCUUAGGCCUAGCAGAGCAGGAGAAAUCCAGACAGAUUAAAAUGGCUGCCCUGAAAUGUUUACAGGUUCUCCUCUUUCAGUGUGACUGUCAAGGCCAUCCGAGGUCCUGGGAUGAGCUUGAGCAGAAGCAGCUGGGGGAUUUGUUUGCUUCUUUCCUACCUGGAAUCGCAACUGCCCUGACCAGGAUCAUCACAGGAGACUUUAAACAAGGGCACAGCAUUGUCAUGUCUUCCCUAAAGAUCUUCUACGAGACCGUGAGCUUCAUUAUGGCUGAUGAACAGCUCACAAGAGUGUCAGAGGUCCAAGCAAAGCCUGCUGCGGAGCACAGAGUUGCAGAGCUGAUGGUUCACAGGGAAGCCAGCUGGGUAAAAAACACCGGUGACAAGUUGACUGUCCUUAUUAAAAAGAUAACUGAGUGUGUUUCCGUUCACCCACACUGGAAGGUGAGGCUGGAGCUGAUAGACCUUGUCGAGGCCCUUCUUUUGAAGUGCAGUCAGUCACUGGUGGAGUCGGCCGGUCCCCUUCUGAAGGCCCUGGUGAGUCUGCUAAACGACGAGAGUCCCGACGUCCAAGCCCAGUGCAGUAAAGUGCUGAGACGUUUUGCUGAUGCAAAGGUUGUGGUGGGCAGCAGAGCCUUUGCUGACAUCUUGUCAGAAAACCUGCAUUCCCUGGCCACAUCCCUCCCCCGCCUGAUGAACUCCCAAGACGACCAGGGCAGAGUCUCCACUCUCUCCUUGUUACUGGGGUACCUGAAACUCCUGGGCCCCAAGGUGAACUUUGUCCUCAACUCUGUGGCCCAUCUCCAGCGCCUUUCCAAAGCUCUUAUCCAAGUUCUAGAAUUAGACGUGGCUGACAUCAAAAUCGUUGAAGAGCGGCGUUGGAACCCCGAGCACCUGCACGCUUCUCCAGAGACUCCAGCUGCAGGGCAAUGGACUCCGAUCCAGAGGAGAUACUUCCGCUUCUUCACCGACGAGCGGGUUUUCCUGCUCCUGAGGCAGGUUUGUCAGCUUCUUGUCUAUGGGGACCUCUACUUGCUUGUGGAUCACUUUAUGGAACUGUACCGCGAGUCCGUGGCGUACCGGAAACAGGCCGCCAUGAUCCUUAACGAGCUGGUUGCAGGGGCUGCUGGGUUGGGGGUGGAGAAUCUUCACGAAAAACACAUUAAAACAAGCCCGGAGGAACUGAGAGAGAUCGUGACAUCGAUACUUGAAGAAUACACGAGCCAGGAGAACUGGUAUUUGGUCACUUGCAUGGAGGCCGAAGAAGUGGGGGAGGAGCUGAUGGUGAAGCAGUCAGGCCUUCAGGCCCUCACAUCUGGUGCACACACCUGCCAGGCCACCUCUUCUCCUGCCUUCUCAAAGCCAGGUCCCACGAUCUGCUCCAUGAACAGCAACAUCUGGCAAAUAUGCAUCCAGUUGGAAGGGAUCGGCCACUUUGCACAUGCACUAGGAAAAGACUUCCGUUUGCUCUUGAUGUCAGCCCUCUAUCCAGUACUGGAGAAGGCUGGAGACCAAACCCUGCUCAUCAGUCAGGCGGCCACAAGCGCCAUGAUGGAUAUCUGCCACGCUUGUGACUAUGACUCCCUGCAGCACCUGAUCAAUCAGAAUUCAGACUAUUUGGUGAAUGGCAUCUCUUUAAAUCUGCGUCAUCUGUCUCUCCACCCCCACACCCCGAAGGUCUUGGAAGUCAUGCUGCAGAACUCAGAUGCUAGCCUGCUUCCUUUGGUGGCAGAUGUGGUUCAGGAUGUCUUGGCCACUCUGGACCAAUUUUAUGAUAAGAGAGCUACUUCCUUUGUCAGUGUCCUGCACGCCCUGCUGGCAGCAUUAGCCCAGUGGUUCCCAGAUGCAGGUGAUCUCCGAGAGCAAAGUCUAGGAGAGGAGGGAAGUCAUUUGAGCCAAAGGCCAGCACGUCUUGAGAAUGGACUUAACGUCACAACAGCCGAAGGCAUUGAACAGUUUGUGCUGAACUACCUCAAGGAAAAGGAUGUGGCAGAAGGAAAUGUUUCGGAUUUUGAUAAUGAAGAAGAGGAGCAGUCAGACCCUCCCGAAGUGGAUGAAAAUGACCUUGGUCCCCAUGUGGAGCCACCACUGCCAGUGCAGAUCCAGAUAGCCACGGACGUGAUGGAGCGCUGCAUCCACUUGAUGUCAGAUAAAAACCUGAAAAUCCGCUUGAAGGUCUUGGAUGUGCUGGACCUGUGUGUGGUGGUUCUGCAGUCCCACAAGAACCAGCUCCUUCCCUUGGCUCAUCGGGCCUGGCCCUCACUCGUGCACCGACUUACAAACGAUGACCCUCUGGCGGUGCUCAGAGCUUUCAAGGUUUUGCAAACCCUGGGAGGCAAGUGUGGCGAUUUUCUAAGGAGCCGGUUCUGCAAAGAUGUCCUGCCAAGGCUGACUGGCUCCUUAGUCAGCCAGGCUCCCGUCAGUGCCAGGGCUGGACCAGUUUACUCCCACACACUGGCCUUCAAGUUGCAGCUGGCCGUCUUGCAGGGCCUGGGCCCCCUCUGUGAGCGACUGGACCUAGGUGAGGGUGACCUGAAUAAAGUGGCGGAUGCCUGCUUGAUUUACCUCAGCGCCAAACAGCCCGUGAAAUUACAAGAGGCUGCCAGGAGCGUUUUCCUCCACUUGAUGAAGGUAGACCCAGACUCCACCUGGUUCCUCCUGAACGAACUUUACUGCCCAGAGGAGUUCACACCUCCCCACCCCAGCCUCCACCCGGUGCAGCUGCGGGGGUCCACCAGCCCCCAGAACCCAUACACAGCCAAUGUGCUCCUCCUGCUCCAACAGCUGCCGUGACCUCAUCCCUUCCUCCCUGCCAAGGACGAAAGACAUGGGGCCGACCCCACCCUGGCCGAGGGCGGUGGUAGCAGCAGCAGAGAAGACUGCCAAGGUGGAUUAGACAGCCGAUCGAUUUAUAAAUUGAUCGAUCACACAACUGCUUAGAAAUUGGAUUGAAGGAAAGUAGCUGACUUAUUUAUAUUUCAUACCUGGUGUUUUCAAAUGACAUUGUCUGGCAGCUCUAAGGGCUUAACUCCUUCGCUUACCAUCUCUGCGGCCCUGGCUGCCUCAAAGGCCACCCCACAUACACACCACCCGAGAACUUGAGGACACGUGGGGCAGAGGCCUGUACCACGCAUCUUGUGUGUCUUCUGAGUGCCUGAGGACCACAUGGAAGGAUCACACAUCCAAGAGAUCUCAGAACACUGGCCUGCAGCACAGACUGCAUUCUCAAAUCAGGAGCUGGAACCUCACCUGUGCUUUGGAAGAAAAUGAAAUAAAGGCACUUCUUGGAGGAAAAGUAUGAUCACGAUCUCACUUUGAAGUUUGUUAUUUAAAUUGAGUUUUGUUUGUUUGUUUGUUUUUUAGGUAAGUUUAUAGUAGUAGUUCCCGUUAUGGCACAACGGGAUCAGUGGCAUCUUGGGAGCGCUGGGACAUAGGUUUGAUCCCCAGCCUGGCACAGUGGGUUAAGGAUCCACGUUGCUACAGCUGCAGUUUAGGUUGCAACUGCAGCUGGGAUCCGAUCCCUGUCCUGGGAAGCCCAUAUGCCACAGGGUGCCCAAAAAGGCAGUGGGGGGAGAAGUAUGCUUAUGUUCAUGAAUGAAAAGUCAUGAUGCAAAAUACAAAGUCAUGAUGCAAAAUCCAAGCCAUUCGAAACAAUGGAGAAUCAGUCUCCCUGUCCUCAUUCGUGAAACAUCGAGUUUCCCUCUCCAAAGGCAAAUAUACAUGACAAUUCUUUGGAUACCUCUCAGGUAUUUUUUACCUUUCUAUCAUGGCUAAUGGUGUAUCGAAGCCCCGUGUGCCCAUAAGCCAGCUGCACCUGUUACCUGCGUAUAGCCAGCCUUCAUCUGCCCCUUCUGUUUCCCCUGCACCCUCAGCCAUCCCCUGGGUUAUUCUGAAGCAAGUUCCAGGUGUCAUAUCUAAACUUGUUUAAUUUUAGGCCCACACCCAUGGCACAUGGAGGUUCCCAGGCUAGGGAUCCAAUCAGAGCUGUAGUUGCCGGCGUGUGCCACAGCCACAGCAACACCAGAUCCGAGCCGCAUCUGCGACCUAUACCACAACUCACAGCAACGCCGGAUCCUCAACCCACUGAGCAAGGCCAGGGAUCAAACCUGCAUCCUCACGGAUGCUAGUCAGAUUCAUUUCCACUGAGCCACGGCAGGAACCCCCCCAAAGCUGUCUUUAAAACGUACCACCGGAUUAGCAUUAUCACACCUAGAAAAUGUAACAAUAGUCCUUUAAUACUGUAUUCAGUCAGUGUUUAAAUUUUCCCAGUAUGUUUGAAUCAGGAUGCAAACAAGUUGUGUACAUUGCCAUUAUCGAUAUGUCCCUUAAUAAAUCUCUCUUAAUUUAUA